CAUGAAUAGGUCAUUAGAAGGUGUCAUUUUGAAGAAAGAUAAAAAGAAAGGAGUCUUAUCAAGAAGAAACUUGAGAAGGUAUAAGAAAAGUAAAUUCUCAAGCUUCUCGAUUACAAAUGAUCGAAACUCAUCGAAAAAGAAGGUUGGCAGCAUAAAUAGUUUGCCAUCUCCAAGCAGGACAAGAAAAUUACACCCUAAUUUAGAGAUAAAGAGUUUGGCAAAGCUAGAAGCUUUCAAGAAGGAGACUAGCCUUCUCAGACAGUCUAUGACUUAUGAUAAUCGCAUGAAUUCUCAAAGAAGCGAUUAUAUUGAUUUGAAUAAACUAUAUGCAAGGAAACUACAGAAGACUAAAAACCAGAGACGUCAUCAUAUUUCUAUUAAUGUUGAGAGUAAGAAAUCAUGGAAAAACCUAUCCAAGUCACGGGAGUCCCUCAGAGCAAUGAAUCCCUACGAAGAUGUGGUUUCUUUCUCAGAUUUCAUGAGGAACAAGUCUCUUGAUAAAUCUUCGAAUGUUUCUUCAUCUUCAUUGUCUUCAUUUACUGAUAAAUAUAAUUUCUCAGUAUCGAAUCAGCUGAAGAAAUGGUCUGAUAAGAGAGGAAAAGCAAGGAAGUACACAGAUGUGAAUGCUGAGGUGAUAUUUAACAAAGUCAAGCACCAGAUCGCCAUCGCCCAGAGCUACUCUAAAAAUAAAGAGCAUAUAAAAAUUGAUAGUAUGGUGAAGAAACAUGUUGACUUGGUGCCUGAAAUUCCCGUAUAUUGCAAGAUACCUUGCAAAGAUGAGUAUUCUCCAUGAAAGAUCACCUUAGUGAUGGAUUCAGAGAGGGGACCUGAUAUUUAUGCAUAUUCCUCUCUCAGAUUUCCAAUGCCAUCAGCUUCGAAGUGUUCAAGAUCAUGGAAGAAUAGCAAAGUCCUAAAAGUGAGUUAUAAUUACGAGGAGCUUCAUCCUCAUGAAGAAGGAAUUCUAAAUAGAUCCUAUAAGUCAACCACGAGUCUUGCCAAUCAAUUUUCCAACCACUUUGUGUACCUGACGCUUCUAUCCUAUACAGGAGCUAGCAUGAUCGCUGACGUCAAAUUUGCUAAUGAGUUAGGCACUUUUGGAAACAAAUAAAUUCGCAGUUACUAAAGAAUCUGAGGAUAAAUAAGGCUCUUGAAGCCCUUCGGCAGUUGAAGCAAGAACGAGAAGAGGAGGAACUCCGAUGUCACGAGUCAGAUUUCAAAGUUCCACAUGCUAUUCAAUAUCUCAACAUGCCUUAUGAAGUGAGGAAGAGUUACGCAAAUGAGAAGAAGCAUAAGCUGUUUAUCCAGAAAAUCACAAAAAUUGAGGUUAAUAAUGCUACUAAGAAACUCCAUCAGAGACUCCAAAGAUUGGCCAAAAUCAAGAAGGUCUGUGCUAAUGUGAUUGUCAGGCAGCUUUAUUUGCAGAAAUACAUCCUGUACUUUGCUCGUAGGUACAAGGAAAGUCUGCCGAAUAAUAUCAAUUCAAUAUAUUUCAAGAGCUAG